AUGGUCCAGAUCAAGGCGCACGAACUCCGCACGAAGAGCAAGACUGAGCUUCUUCGUCAAUUAGACGACUUUCAGCAGGAGCUAGCCCAGCUCCGUGUGUCAAAGAUCAUUGGUGGCGCUGCUUCGAAGCUGAGUAAGAUUGGCGUCGUGCGCAAGUCUAUUGCUCGUGUAUUGACGGUGUACAACCAGAACCAAAAGGCCAAGCUCCGUGCCGCCCUCGGGAGCAAGAAGCACGUGCCUUUGGAUUUGCGUCGUAAGAAAACACGCGCUAUUCGUCGUCAGCUGUCCAAGCACGAGAAGUCUAUUAAGACCCUUAAGCAACAAAAGAAGGAAUUGUACUACCCAAAGCGUCGCUACGCUCUUAAGGCGUAA